GUGGACAUCCAGCGCGAGGGCGCACUGCGCUUCAUGGUGGCAGAUGAUGCGGCCUCGGGCCCUGGGGGCACUGCACAGUGGCAGAAGUGUCGCCUGCUUCUGAGAAGGGCUGUGGCUGGGGAGCGCUUCCGCCUGGAGUUCUUCGUGCCACCCAAGGCUUCCAGACCCAAGGUCAGCAUCCCCCUGUCGGCCAUCAUUGAGGUCCGAACAACCAUGCCCCUGGAAAUGCCUGAGAAGGACAACACCUUUGUGCUCAAGGUGGAGAACGGAGCAGAGUACAUUCUGGAGACAAUAGACUCACUGCAGAAGCACUCGUGGGUAGCUGACAUCCAGGGCUGUGUGGAUCCUGGGGACAGUGAGGAAGACACAGGGCUGUCCUGUGCUCGGGGAGGCUGUCUGGCCAGCCGUGUGACUUCCUGCAGCUGUGAGUUCCUAACAGAAGCAGACAUGCCCCGGCCCCCAGAGACAACGACAGCAGUGAGUGCCGUGGUGACAGCCCCACACAGCAGAACUUGUGACACCGUGGGAGAGUCCCUGGCCCAUGUUCCCCUGGAGACUUUCCUUCAAACCCUGGAGUCUUCAGGAGGUGGUGUCAGUGACAGCAAUAACACAGGGGAUGAAGCAGCUGAGCUAGACACUGAUGCUGAGGCUGAGCUGGAACUCUCCGACUACCCCUGGUUCCAUGGGACAUUGUCCCGAGUGAAGGCUGCUCAGCUGGUGCUGGCUGGUGGGCCCCGGAGCCAUGGCCUCUUUGUGAUCCGCCAAAGUGAGACUCGACCUGGGGAGUGUGUGCUGACCUUCAACUUCCAGGGCAAGGCCAAGCACCUUCGCCUGUCUCUGAAUGGUCAUGGCCAGUGCCAUGUCCAGCAUCUGUGGUUCCAGUCUGUGUUUGACAUGCUUCGACACUUCCACACCCACCCCAUACCCCUGGAGUCAGGGGGAUCUGCUGGCAUCACCCUAAGAAGCUAUGUGCGUGCCCAAGGCCGGCCUCCUGACCCAGGACCAGCGCCCAGCACGGUGGCACCAGCCCCCUCCUGCUGGACAGAGCCGGCUGGCCAGCACUACUUCUCCAGCCUGGCCACAGCCACCUGCCCACCCACCUCACCUUCUAAUGGCGCUGGAGCAUCGUCGUCAUCUGGGUCAUCAUCCUCGGCCACAUCCAUGCCCCCGCGCCCACUCAGUGUGCGCAGCCGCAGCAACAGCGCAGAGCACCUGCUGGAGGCUGCGUCUGGAGCCACCGAAGAGCCCACGGAGGCCACGCUGGGCCGCGCUCGUGCAGUGGAGAACCAGUACUCCUUUUACUAGCAGCUGAGCCCAUUACCCACCGGUGCCAUGCUCAUCACAGCAGGCCAAGAACACCUGUGGUCUGUCCCGCCCAACAACAGCCUGGCCAGCCCAUGAUGGUCAAGCAACACCUAGCAGUGGCUGGAGACAGCUAACCAUGCUCUAUCAAGCCCAAGACAGCUGGCCAGCUAGCAACACUUAACAACUUCAGCUUCAAGGGGCCCACUAAGACCAUCUAUGGCAGGCCAAGCCUGUCCAUGGUUGAUCAAACCCAUGAUUUCAAGCUCCUCCCACUGUUGGUUAGCCACGCCCACCACAGAUAUGUCUAUAAGGCUGAUCAAAUACACGGCAGGCAGCUCACUGACAACUAACCCCAUUUGGUGGUUUCAGGCCCUGGGCACUGAUGGUGGUCACUCCCACAGUGACAACCAUUGACAGCUCACCUCGCCCAUGAAGGCCUACUUACCAAUUCCUAACAACCUCAGGCCCAGCCCACCAGAGUUGGGUCACUUGCACCAACAGCCUAACUGGUCAGUGAUGGCCAGCCACUCCCAUCAAGCCAGGCCUGCCGGUGGUUCCCCAGCCCUGGGCAGCCUGCCACGCCCACCAGCUCCAGCCCAAUGCUGGGGGGAAAGCCAAGCUCUUCAGUGAAGACAAACAUUAUUAAACAGCCUGUUUUAGGGACUACA